AUGGGAGAUGGACACAAAGUCUCACCCACAGAUGAAGAACUAUUGGCAUCUGAUAUCUACUGGGAGAAGGAGAGUGACCAAACAAACACCAACAGGCAGAUCAUUGGCAAAGCCCUGAAGGGGAAGACCAUCACCAUCAAGGCUGAGCCCAGUCACUCCAUGGAGAAUGGCAAGGCCAAGAUCCAAGACAAGGGAGGCAUCACACCUGACCAGCAGCUGCUGAAGUACUACUGUGAAAAGGCCAUGCACAUCUGCCCAAGUGCUGCCCACACCUGCACCCUUGUGCGGUCAAAUGCCUCAAGAAGAAGGGUGGCCACAUCGACAGCCGGUGCCCCAAGAAAGUCAAAUAAAAUGGGGGCCGUCCCUAAGCCUGUCCUCACAGUACAACCAGACUCUGUGGUCUACAAGCAGACUACAGUAACCUUCUUGUGUGAGGGGACCAGAGGAGCCAAACAGUACAUACUCUAUAAAGAGGGACACGGAUAUCUACGGAGUACAGAGAUUCCACAGAAUCCUAAGAAAAAGGCUGAAUUCUCAAUCUCAAAAAUAGACCGCAAUCAUGCAGGGCGAUAUCAAUGUGGCUAUCAGACUCAAGAUGGAUGGUCAGAGUUCAGUGACUCCCUGGAGCUGGUGGUGACAGGAGCACACAGUAAACCCAGCCUGUCAGCCCAGCCCAGCCCUGUGGUAACUGAGGGAGGACAUGUAACCCUCCAGUGUGUCUCAAAGCAACGAUACUACAGGUUCAUUCUGACUGGGAAAGGAACACAGAAUAUCUCCCAAAUGCUGGAUUCAAAGUAUAACUACUCUAUUCAGCACUACAAGGCCCUGUACUCUGUGGGCCCUGUGACCUCCAACCAAAGGUGGACAUUCCAAUGCUACAGCAAUUACCCGAGAAGCCCACUGGUGUGGUCAGAACCUAGUGACCCUCUGGAGCUCCUCUUCUCAGGGACCCUCCAGAAACCCACCAUCAAAGCUGAGCCAGGCUCUGUGGUCAGCUUAGGAAGUCACAUGACCAUCUGGUGUGAGGGGACCCUGGAUGCAGAAAUAUAUGUUCUGCAUAAAGAGGGAAGCCAAAAACCCUGGGACAUACAGACCCCAGAGAAGCCUGAGAACAAGGCCAAGUUCUCCAUCCCUUCAGUGACACGGCAACAUGUGGGACAAUAUCGCUGUUACUGUUACAGCUCAGCUGGCUGGACAGAGCACAGUGACACCCUGGAACUGGUGGUGACAGGAAUCCACUACAACAAACCCAGCCUGAGAGACCUGCCCAGCCAUGUGGUGACUUUAGGAGGGAACAUGACUCUCAAGUGUGUCUCACAGGAUGGAUAUGACAAGUUCAUUCUCACCAAGGAAGAUCAGAAGUUCCUCAGCUCUCAGAACUCACACUUUAUACCCAGUAUCAGGCAGUGGCAAGCCUUGUUCUCUAUAGAUCAUGUAACACCAGACCACAGAGGGACAUUCAGAUGUUAUGGUUACUACAACCAUACCCCACAUUUGUGGUCAGUACCCAGUGAACUCCUGGAAAUACAUAUCUCAGGCCUGUCCAAGAAGCCCUCCUUGCUGACUCACCAAGGCCAUAUCCUGGACCCUGGGAAGAGCCUCACCCUGCAGUGUUGUUCUGACAUCAACUAUGACAGAUUUGCUCUGUACAAGUUGGGGGGAGCUGACUUCACCCAGCAUGUUUUCCAGUGGACCCAGAGUGGCCUCUCCUUGGUCAACUUCACACUGGGCCCUGUGAGCAGCUCUACUGGAGGCCAAUACAGAUGCUAUGGUGCAUACAACCUCUCCUCUGAGUGGUCUGCCUCCAGUGAUGCCCUGGACAUCCUGAUCACAGGACAGCUUCCCUUCAGUCCUUCCCUCUCAGUGAAGCCUAACUCCACAGUACACUCUGGAGACAAUGUGGCUCUGCUGUGUCAGUCAACACACAAAGUGGACACUUUCAUUCUGUCCAAGGAGGGAGCAGCUCAACAACCCCAGCGACUAAAAUCAAAGUCUGAAGCUUGGGACUUCCAGGCAUAAUUCUCCAUGAGUGCUGUGACCUCUGACCUCUCGGGCAUCUACAGGUGCUAUGGAUCUCAGGAUUCAUCUCCCUACCUGCUGACACAAGCCAGUGCCUCUGUGGAGCUCACAGUCUCAGCCUCAGAGAAUCAGGAUCACACAGUGGAGAAUCUCAUCAGGAUGGGGAUGGCUGUCAUGAUCCUCAUAGUCAUUGGGAUUCUGGUCUUUGAGGGUUGGGGCAGCCAGAGACAGAUCCACCAUGCAGCUGAGAGGUAAUAAGAAGAGAAAGAAGUACAUCUUUCAAGGUUCCAGAGUCUGAGAAAUAAAUCUGAUGAUUCAAGCUUUCUGUAAGAAAAUCCAUUUCUUAUGUGAAAGAAUUGUACAGGAUCUAAAUGUGAUUUGGAUGAAGAGGAAGGUGUGAGUGUUGUGGUGAGAUCAUUCCUCAGCCAAUUCAUGUCCCUCCACCUGCUGUGGGCAUUUGCUGACUGAACCAACACUUCUGAAUCUAUAAAGUGAGGGAUUAUGCUGUCCCAUUAGUCUGGCUUAUGUCCUCAUUUCUGUGCAUUUUUUUUCUUUCCCACCUUCUCAUGUGUCAUUUUCCAUUUUUAUACAUUGCCACAUUCUCCAUGGAAGGAGGCUCUAUCUCUUUGACAAAAACAAGAAAGGUGCCUCAAUACCAAAAUGAUGAGUAAAAUCAGAGCCAGGAAUUCAAAUUACUCUGCCUAUGAUGGCCCAAAACCGUCUCUGUGACUUCCCUUCCUUUCAGUCUUCAAAACCUAUUCUUCAUGGAGUUUCUUUUUAAAUAUAAAACAAAUAAUGCCACACUGGUAGAAUAAGGAUUGUCAAGGUAGUGUAGGCACAACAAAGAAAGUGUUUUCCUAACACGAUUUCCUGAUUUGUGGCAUUUGCUGACCAUUCUAUAUAACCCCAUCAAAGACACCUUCACAACAGCAAUGUAACAUCACAGAUGUGAUGUUGAGAGAGUUGCAUGAAGUUUAUGUGUUUUUCAUUUCAUUCCCCACUGCCUAUUUUCAUAUAUGCAAAAUAAAUUAGCAUGCUGAUCAACCAUCUCAGAACACCUGGCUAGGAUGAAUUAUCAUACAAUGAUUCAUAAGUUCUACAUAGAAAAUCAUGUUUUAUC